CUCACACAGCAGGAGCAACAGUGAACAGGUACAACUCUACAGCCAGAGCAGAACAAACAAACUUGAGCAGCAACACAUUUGAGGUGACCUUCACAGAGGAGCAGUGUCAUGAAUUGGCUCCCCACAAAAUCCCAACACCGAACCCAGACCCAAUACCAGAUCCUGAAUUGGAUCGUCCAUGGCGGCCAGUGACAUGGAGUGAAGAUAACAAGAUUCAGAUGUUGAGGACAGUGAAGGAUUUCCAGCCAGGUGCUGCAGAAGUCAGUGAGCUAAAGAUUCUGCUUCAUGGUCCAAUUGGAGCAGGAAAAUCAAGUUUAAUUAACUCCAUCAACACCGUCCUCCAAGGACGCAAUACUGUCGGUGCACUGGUGGAUUCAUCAACUGGUACAAGUACGAGCUUCACUUUAGAGUUUAAAACUCACAAGCUGAAGAAAGCUGGACCUGGAUCUUUCUAUCCAUUUGUCUUUAUGGACAUCAUGGGUCUGGAACCAGAUAAGUCAUGUGGAGUACAAACCAAAGAUAUAAAGAAAAUGUUAAAGGGUCAUGUGAAAGACGGCUACACUUUUAAUCCAAUAAAACCAAUUGAUAAAGGUGAUGUGAAGUACAACAGUGACCCUAGUCUGAAUGACAAAGUGCACUGUCUGGUGAGUGUUCUACCAGCUGACAAAAUCUCCCUCAUGAGUGAUGAAGUUAUCAAGAAAAUGAGAGAUAUUCGGGAAAAGGCACGUGAUUUAGGAAUUCCUCAAGUUGUUGUCAUGCCGAUGGUUGAUAAAGCAUGCCCUCUGGUUAACAAGAACCUGAGGAAGAUCUACACCAGCAAAAAAGUUAAAGAGCAGAUGAAACAGUGCAGUGACAAACUGGGAGUCCCGAUGAACUGCAUCUAUCCUGUGCAGAACUACCAUGAGCAGAUUACCAACGACUUGGACAUGGAUAUUCUGAUUCUCAUGGCCAUGACUGACAUCGUUAGAUUUGCCAACGACUAUAUUGAAGACCAGGUCUACAGCAAAAGUAAACCCGAAUGAAGAUUCCCAUGUGUCUUGUUUAAUUUCGACCAUGCAAACAGAUUGUUUCAAAAAUGCAAAGAUGUAUUAUUUUCAUAGGGAAUCAACUUAUAUUACUUAUAUUAUUGUUUUAAUGAAGGUCACUUUAAGCAUGAUUCUGAUUUUAAUAUGUACAAUAUGACAGAUUUACAAGCGAGAAACAGUAGACGUAAUUAUUUCAUUUAACUUUAUCAGGUUUGUACCCCUUUUAUUUUGAUGCAAAGAUUACAUGUACUUUACUUCUGAUUCUGAUGAUUUCACUACAUAAAUAAUCAUCUUCAUUUAUAUCAACAAUCAACUUUAAGAAAUAAGUCAAAUAAAUUGCUCAUCAAUUACCAAGCAAACUUCUCACAAGUGCUUUCUUCUCA